AUGCCGCUGCCCGGCGGGCGCGGGCUCCUGCUGGGCCUGGCCGCGGCGGCGGCGGCGGUGAUGGCAGCGCGGCUGAUGGGCUGGUGGAGUCCCCGCGCUGGCUUUCGCCUCUUCAUACCCGAGGAGCUGGCCCGCUACCGCGGCGGCCCUGGGGACCCAGGCCUCUACUUGGCUUUGCUGGGCCGCGUCUACGAUGUGUCCUCUGGCCGGAGGCAUUACGAGCCUGGGGCUCACUAUAGCUGCUUCGCAGGCCGAGACGCAUCCAGAGCGUUUGUGACUGGGGACUAUUCUGAAGCAGGCCUUGUGGAUGAUGUAUCUGACUUGUCAUUUUCUGAGAUGCUGACACUUCAAAAUUGGCUAUCAUUCUAUGAGAACAAUUAUGAAUUUGCUGGAAGGGUGAUAGGAAGGUUCUACGGAGAGGAUGGGCUACCCACCCCAGAACUGACCCAGGUAGAAGCCAUGAUCACCAAAGGCUUGGAGGCAAACAAGCAGGAACUGAAAGAGAAGCAGAAGUUUCCACCAUGCAAUGCGGAGUGGAGCGCAGCAAGGGGCGGCCGGUUCUGGUGCUCCCAGACGAGUGGCGGUGUGAGCAGAGACUGGACUGGCGUCCCCAGGAAGCUGUACAAGCCGGGUGCCAAGGAGCCCCACUGUGUGUGUGUGAGAACAACUGGUCCCCCUAGUGACCAAGCACCAGACAACCCUACACACAGAAAUCAUGGGGACUUGGACCACCCCAGCUUGGAGGAAUAUGCAGGCUGCCCACCUCUGGCCAUGACGUGCUCCGUCCCACUCUAAACUAUAUGUUGAGAAGCCACAGAGAAGCCUAACAGGUCCUUGACUCACGUGCCCUAGGAUGGCUCCUGACAUUAAACAGGAGGGCCUGGAAGGGCGGUGGCCUCUGCUAAUGUGACCCAUGAUCCCUCACCGUGGGCUCACCUUUCCCGUGACUGCGCCAGAGCUUGGCAGCCUGCCUAGUACGGCCAGCCUGUUUUUGCCACAAUUCCCCUAGAUGUGCCUGCCAUCUUCCUUCGGAGCCCUCAAAUAUAAGUGGGCACAAAUAUGACCAACUCAAAACUACUUGUACAGACAAGCAAAGAGCUCUGAGCUCAACAGCUUCCUUCCCACGGGUUCCCAGGCUGCCCAGAUCAGCUGCCAGCCCGGUCGGGGGCACUGGCAAAACUCAGAAACAAGAUACAUCCAGAAAAGCCAAAAAAAAAAUAAAAAAGAACAACAUCAACAUAACUCUUCCAGGUUCCCCGAUGGCUAAAUUUGUUACCCCUGACUUAUAACCUUUCUUUUAUGUGAGACCUCUCCCCUAAGGCAGACUUGAAUUUACAACGAAAAGCCGCACUGAGUUGCUAUGAGCUGGGCCAAUCCAACGAGAGGUGACAGUGUAAGAGGGUAGACUAACUCCGGAAACUGGAAAAGCUUUUGCUCAUAUAGAUGCAGCAAAU